GCACAGUUCUCAUCAUUUGUUGCACUUAGGAAUUUGAGCUGGAACGAGGUGCUUAGAAAGGGUACCAAGUAUUACAGUGAAGAGUUCAGCAAGUUCUGUGAUCAGAAAAUGAGUUGCAUCAUCACUUCGCUGAAUUGGACAAGGCCUUGGCCUGAACAACUCCUUCAGGCUUUCUUUGUGGCAGCAAAGUGCAUAUGGUUGCUGCAUUUGCUGGCAUUUUAUUUCAACCCUCCAUUAGGAAUUUUAAGGGUUGAAGAGAAUAGAAGCUUUGAUCCUCACUACAUGGAAGAUUUGGUUACUGAUAGACAAAGGUCACAAGGUUCUAGCAGGGUUAAGAUCAUGGUGGUGCCAGGGUUCUAUGUUCAGGAUAGGAUAUUGAGGUGUAGAGUUAUUUGCAGGCACAAAUCUGCACCCUAAAGUAAAAU